CGUUCAUCUUCUUCUUCAGAAAACCCAAACUCGUGGGUAUUAUUCAUCACUCUAGAAGUCUGAUUUCGAAAGCUCAAAUCAGCGAACUUUCUUCAUCAAAGUUGUUCGUCUGUUCGAAUACUAUAUCAUACCCAAACAUGAGCAUCAUCAGACGGGUCUAGCUACCUCGAACCGGCUAUGACAUUUCUGUGUUCAUCCAUGGUUGGUUGUUCCUCAGUUGACAACUAUGACAUAUCCAAAAUCAGAGCAAUCCAACUACUCUAGCUAUGUCUGCGAUGACAAUACUUCCUUCAUGAAGGUUGUUCAGAAGUCUUUUCGGCAGUGGCACACCUGAAACAAGCUUUUGUUAGUUUUCAAGUGUUGUUUGAGUUGGUUAUUUCUCUGUGGCAGCUUCACCCAGGAUUUCGGACCAAUAUUAAGGAAUCAGUUGCCCAAGCAAGAAGAAUUUGAGUUCAAAGGUGUAGAAUUCAAGUGAGGCAUUAGCUUUGGAUUCCAGCUUUGCUGACUCAGCUCCCAAACUGGGGCCCACCGGCCGAACCCUACAAUCUUUGGUGGGCAAAGAAACUCUAGCAAUAAUUGAUAGAUAGGUACCUCAGUGAGUUUCGAACCCCCAACAGGCGGUUUCCCAACCACUAGACCACAACUCACGGGUGUGGAAUCGCUUGCAACAGUUUCAUUUGGUUUGAGAAUUUCCUUAGUCUCUGGCACCUUUAUAUAUAAAAGGCAACAGAAAAUGGCAGAGAUUUGUACUUCAAUUGCAUCUACAAUUGUAGACAAAUCAGUGGGACUAAUUUGGAGACAACUCAGCUAUCUAAUUUACUACGAUUCCGACAUAGAAAGUCUAAAGGAUGCACUAAAAAGACUUGAUGACAAGAAAAAUGACGUGCAAAGAACUGUGGAAGCUGCAAAAAGGAAUGGUGCAACCAUCAAAGAUCAAGUUCAGAGCUGGUUGGAGGAUGUAAGGAAAAUAUUUCACGAAGCAGAAGAACUUGAAAACAAAGUCAACGGGCAAAGGCGUUGUUUGUAUGGAUUGUGCCCAAGUUUGAAAUCGCGGUAUUCUCUGAGUAGGAAAGCCAAGAAGAUUGCCGAGCGUGUACUUGAUCUCAAACUAGAUGAAGAACUGAGUAAUAAUGUUGCCAAUCCUGCACCUCUGCAACAGCUAGGGUCAAUAAUCUCUAGUGAAGGUUUUAAGGGUUUUGAAUCCAGAAAAGAUGUCAUGAAUGAUGUGCUUAGUGCUUUGAGGAAUGAAAAGACAAGAAUAAUUGGGAUUUGCGGGAUGGGAGGUGUGGGUAAAACCACAAUGGUGAGAGAAAUCAAAGAAAUCAUCAAGAGAUUACAAGGAACAAAUAAGCUGUUUGAUGAUGUUGUGAUGUCAACUGUAUCCGCAACUGUAAACAUUGGGAAAAUUCAAACUGAAAUUGCAGAGUCACUAGAUAUGAAAUUGGUCGAGGAAAGUGAAUCUAUAAGAGCACAAAGGCUACAUGAGAGAAUCAAGCAGAGUAAAAGAAUCCUGAUUAUAUUGGAUGAUGUAUGGUCAGAGCUUAAAUUACAGGAUGUAGGAAUCCCUUUUGGUGUUGGACCUACAACUAAUCAAGUUCAUGAAGGGUGCAAAAUUUUGUUGACAUCUCGAAAUGAAGAAGUUUGUAAAGUAAUGGGUUGUAAAGAUGACAUUUUUGGAGUCCAAGCCUUAAAUAAAGAAGAAGCAUGGGAGCUUUUCAGGGCGACUGUAGGUGAAUCCUUGGACAAUAAUCCUGAUUUGUCUCAUGUUGCAAAAUUGAUUGUUGAUGAAUGCAAAGGUUUACCCAUUGCUAUCAUAACUGUUGGGAAAGCGCUUCUACCGAGUAAUGGCAAGCAUGAAUGGAAUACUGCCUUGCAAGAACUGAAAAAUUCCCUCCCUGAAAACAUCCCUGGAAUGGAACCUGAGGUUUAUUCUUGCAUAAAAUUGAGUUAUGAUAAAUUGGAUAGUGAUGAAGUCAAGUCAUGCUUUUUACUUUGUUGCUUAUUUCCAGAAGAUUAUGAUGUUCCGAUUGAGUAUUUGGUGAGGUAUGGGUUGGGUCGAGCAACUUUCAGAAACACCAACACAGCCGAAGAUGUAAGAAACAAAGUGCAUUCUUUCGUUGGACAACUAAAAAGAAGGUAUUUGUUGCUGGAUAGUGAAAAGGAAGAAUGUAUCAAAAUGCAUGACAUAGUUCGUGAUGUUGCUAUAUCAAUUGCCUCAAAAGAUCCUCACAGAUUUAUGGUAAGAUCAUUUGAUGCUGAAGGUGGAGGUGGAGGACGACCAGGGGUACAAAAAGUUACAAACCAAGAACAUUGCAGUGCAAUUUCAUUAAUUGAUGUUAAAUUGGAUGAAAAUAUUACUGAUGGUUUGGAGUGCCCCAAACUUGAGCUUCUGCAACUGAAAAAUUCCUCAAGUAGUUCAGAAUAUUCCAACCACUUUAAAAGAAUGAAAGAACUCAAGGUUUUAGCUUUCUUAGAGGUGAAUAUGUCAAGCUAUUUGGCCUCGGAAAAAUCUCUACUGCUUGGAGAACCCAAGUACCUUCAUACCUUGUGUCUAGAGGAUUGCAAAUUGGGAGACAUAUCCCAUGUCAUUGGAGGAUUGGAGAAUUUGGAGAUCCUCAGCUUUGCUCGCUCUGAAAUCAGUAAGUUGCCUAGAGAAAUAGGACAUCUUCAUCGGUUAAGGAUGCUGGAUACAACAGAUUGUGAAGGACUUGAAGAAAUUCCUCAUGGUGUCUUAUCCAAGUUAAGGAGAUUAGAAGAGUUGUACAUGGCAGAAAGCUUUGACAAUUGGGCUCCAGCAACAGGAAGCCAGGAUGAAACGAGCAUGGCAAGCCUUGAUGAGGUGAUGUCUCUAUCUGAUCAUUUAAAUGUCUUAGCCAUAAAAAUCCAUGAUGUUCAGAUGUUGCGGAAUGAUGAGUUUCUUUUAAAAAGCCAGCCUAUAAGAUUUCAUGUAUCUAUCAAUAUUAGUUGGUCUUACGAAAAAGAGAGUUUCAAGAAUCGAAUGCCUGGUUAUCUGUUCGAAAAUAGUUUGAUGCUUCGUGGUGAUGUAAAGGAAUAUUUGGAGAUUGGAGCAGUUAGAUACUUCUUGAAGCAAUCUGAAGACUUAGUCCUAUUCUACACAUACAAUUUAAAGUAUGUCAUCGAGGAGUUAGAUGGUCAAGGAGGCUUUCAACACUUGAAAGUUUUAUCAAUCAUGUGUGACGACAACAUAGAGUAUCUUAUGAAUGGAGCAGAUUGGACUCCUCGUGGUCAACCUGCCUUCCCCAUCUUAAAGUCAGCUACCUUCGAGAUGUUCACAAAUUAAAAUUUGUGUGUCGUGGCAAACUGCUAGACAAGCGCUCCUUUAUGAACCUAAGAUCCAUAGCAAUUAACAGUUGUCGUGAGUUAAAAUAUGUAUUUUCACUAUCCGUAGCACAAAACUUGGCACAACUCCAAAGCUUAAAGGUUAAAUAUUGUGCUGAAGUGGAAGAUAUCAUAUCAAAGGAGAGAAUGGAAGAUGAUAAUGCAUCUCACAAGAUAAGUUUCCCAAGAUUAACUGUUUUGAAGCUUUCUUUUCUACUAAAGCUCCAUGGUUUCUACACAGGAAACCAACAGGACUCCACCUAUGAGAUUCUAAAGCCCAACGAAGAAAGUGUGACCAAGAUGAAAGAGACUAGAAAUGACAAUCAAGUUGCUGGGUCGACCUCAUCUAAAUCAAAAGUGGCACAAGUGGGAGCAAGUUGUAAGGCACUAUUUCCUUCAAAUUGCAUUUCAUGGUUACCAAAUCUAGAGAAAUUAGUAUUGAGGCAUUUAAGAAGCAUGCAAGGAUCAGAAGAAAACAAUGAAUCAAUAGUCAAUGUGGUAGUUGAUUUAGAAGGGCACGACUCGGCAUUUUCUCAAUUGCAAACAUUCCAAGUGCGGUCUUUGUAUGGAGUUGAACAUUUGUGGAAGAACGUUCAACCUGGAUUCCAAGGUUUUCAAAAUGUAAGAUCUCUACAUAUUCAAGACUGUGAGAGUCUAAAAUAUCUAUGCCCUUAUGAAAUUUACAAGCUCCUUGUGAAUCUCGAAGAAGUCGAAAUAGCUGCAUGUGAGAAUAUGGAAACUAUAGUACAGGCAGCUACUUCCACAGAGGACAAUAUCCAUGAAGAAGGGAAAGAGACAGGUGGCAGUGGCUCGAUGACUUUGUUUCCCAAACUAAUUAAUAAACUCAUACUACACGACUUGCCAAACCUCGAGAGAUUUUGCCCUGAUGCCCAUUCUUUUGCAUGGUCCUCCUCCACGAGAGUUCUGCGUGUGGCAUUUUGCCCCAAAUUAAAGACAUUGGGUUUUGCACUAGUAAGCAAAAAUCUACCUGCAGCAGUUGUAGAGAAUUUGAGUGAUGAUCAUGUAAGAGGUAGAGAAGAAUUAGGAUCUGACUGCGCAUCAUCAACUGGAUCUGGAUCUGGAUUUGGAUUUGGAUGUGCGCCACUAGUCUGCUUACAAAGUCGUCCAUCUACUCGCAACUUUACUCAAAUAUUGCCCCGCCCUGUAAAUAGAGAGGUUAUGCCUGCAAAUCUUCAGACCUCAAGUGCUAGCGACAAUCUAGAAAAUCUCCACGUAGAAAGGUGCGAUUUAUUGGAAGUGAUAUUUUUGGUUCAGGAAACCCCCUCUACUCAAGCAUUUGAUAAGCUGAGGCAAUUGAAUUUGUGGAGUUUACCAAUGCUGAGCCACAUAUGGGAAAAGGGUUUACAAGUUAGCUCAGGCUUUGGAAACCUCAGAUUACUCGAAGUAGUUAGCUGUCACAAUUUGAGAUACUUGUUUUCACCACACAUAGCCACACUUCUUACUUGCCUGGAGAGAAUAGAAGUUUCCUGGUGUAGUGCGAUGGAGAAAAUUGUUGGAGAGGCAGAAGGAGGAGGAGAAAGCAUUAAGGAUGAAUUGACAUUUCCGCACGUGAAUUUCAUCAAACUUGAAUAUUUACCCGAACUUGAAUCUUUCUGCUCUGAAGCUUAUACUUUGAAGUGGCCAGCCUUGGAGAAAGUCGAAGUUGAAAAGUGUCCAAAAUUAAAAGCGUUUGCUCCCGAGUCUCUAUAUGCAUAAGCAGUCGACAUGUGUCUAUGAAGCGUCCACGUGGAGAGAAAAGAAGAAUUUCAUGAGAAGCCAAGAAGCUGGGGACAAGACUACAUGAUAUGUUGCGGUGCACAUCUAUAAUAUACCAUGACAUACCAACUUCGUUCUUAUCAGACACCGUCGCUUUUAUCACUGAUUAUGCAUGUCCCAUGUUAAUGUUCUUCAAAUCCUGCAAUUGCAUCAUAACAUCACAUAAUUUAGUUAUUAUAUUUGCUCUUUAGUUGUAUUGAAUAAAAUGGAUAUAUUUGGACCUUCC